AUGAUCGAGAAAACCCGCUUCUGGCACAUCGCCCGGUACGCCGUGCCGGCCGUGGUCAUCUUCUGGAUCCUCAUCCGGGUCGCCUUUCACGAGAAAUCCCGCUUCGCAGAGCUCUUCGGUCAGCACCGCAACGAGAAGACCAUCUUUGUCGACGACUUUUUGCUGCUCGAGGUCGAUGGCGAGUUCGACGGCUCCGCCAUCGAGACGCUCUGCAACAACAAAACUUGGACGCCGGGCAUCGUCCUGACUUGCGAGGCCGUGCCCGGCGGUCUUGCCGAUGUCAAGAACGGCAUCCUCAGCUGCAUCCGGACGGCCAUCGAGAUGGGCUCUUCAGCGGGCGUGGUGCUUCCCGGGAUUGUGCGCCGGUCGCACGUCGACAUGUCCGUCAUCGUGCCGGGCGAUGUUGGUCCGCGACGGGGCGUUUCUCUCGGACACUUCUUCGACCUCGGCCACCUCAACAGCUCGCUCGCGACGUACUGCCCACAAAUGGCCGUGUAUGAGUCGAUGAACAGCUUCUUCGACAAGCCCUCGAUGCUGGAGGCCACCAAGCUUAACAUCUACAAGCUGCCCGGCGUCGAGACGCUCAAGACGCUGCACGACCGGAACACGCGCGUCUUGGCCCAUCCCGAGCUGCUCGGUCAGCAGAUCCGCACUUUUCUCAACCGGAAGAGCCCGCCGGGUGAGCGUCGCUACCCUUAUCAUGUGCACCUCGUGCCCACGCCGCAGAACGCCUUCCCGGCCGCCACCACCGAGUCGGCUGCGCUGUAUGCCAACUUUGGCCGGCUGCUGCGCGUGCGAAACGAUCUGCGCCGUCUGGCCGCCGCCGCCCUGUUCAACCUGCACACAGCCUUUGCGCUGCGCCUCGACCUGCACUCGGGCAUCCGCGCCGACGCCUUUGCCGCCGUCGAGCUGCGCACCGAAAAGGACGCCACCAAGGCCGCCUUUCCCUCGUACACCGUCCAGGCGUCCGAUGCGCUCAGUUACCUAACCAACAACAACAUGUCUGUUGCCUUUCUAGGCACCGGCGCCACCGUCGCCAACACAACCGCCUUUGUCAAGCGCGCCGCCGAGUUCGACAUCAACGUCGUCACCAAGGAAGACCUCGUCGAGGGCAUGGACGCCUCGCUGCUGGGCAGCCUCAGCUGGGACCAGCUUGGGCUUGUCGAUUACGAGCUCAUGAUGCACGCCGGCCUCUUCACCGGCACCGCCCGCUCGAGCUUUGCCUGGAAUCUCGCCCUGCGUCGCCAGCACGCCUUUGGCACCCCUGGUCCAGCCAACAGCUCUCAUCUGGAUGGCCACAUCCGCUGGCACGACCGUUUCUCGACCCUCUACGGGAACGGUGGCAUCGGUGACGCUUUUGAGCAGACCAUCUGGCCGUGA